GGCUCAGGACCAUGCCCGCGCGGUCGACCUCGGGGUGCCGGGGCUGCGGCGAUGAGGCCGCAGUCCCGUAAGCCCUCGCCGAGCGCGCUGGGCCCUGCCGCCGACGGGGCUCUGUCCACUCCUGUCUUCAAGCGGCGCAUCUCCAGGGAUGCCACUGGCGGGCUGAGCGCGCUGCCGUUUUGCCCCGCCCUCGCCGGGGCUCCGUCCAGUCCGAACUUCACGCGGCGCGGCUCUUCCGGAGACGGCUCGUGCCGACUGGGUCCGCGGAAGCCGCUGUGGGCGCCAGGCAAGAGCCUGCCUCAGUUCCAAGUCGGCCGAGGCGGAGAGGUUUCAGCCAUGGGUCCUCUGGGCAGCCGCCCUGGCACGCCCACGGAGCUCUCGCCGAAGGGGGCCAGGGCCUCUUCCGCUGGGGCGCUGCAGCUGGAGCCUCGCGGCAGAAGGCGGUCCACGAACGACCUGCUCGCGCCGCCGGCGCUGCAGCUGGAGCCUUCUGGCAGAAGGAGAUCCACGGACGACCUGCUCGCGCCCACGGCGCUGCAGCCGGAGCCUCCUCGUGUGCGAAGGAGGUCCGCGCACGAAGUGAGGAGGUCCACAAACGAGAGCUGCCCCGCGUCGCCGUCCCUGAGGAGCCUCUCCGACGCCUGCCGGCGUUACAGCCACGGUGCCCAGCCAGCGGGCAGUGCCCUGCAGGCCGCGCGGCUGGACCGCGGCGGCCAGCUGCAGGGCGGCCGGCCUGCCACCGCGCCGUCGCCGUGGGCGGGCGAGCAGCUGCUGCGCCCAGGCCUCGACCUGGAGUGUUGCGAGUGCCCCGCGCAGGCCAUUUCGGGCUUCAUGACUCCCCCGCGGCUCCGCGCCUCCGUGCUCACCUCCAAGGUGCAGGCGCGGACGAGCGAGGCGCAGGAUGAGCCCGCGGAGGAGUGCGCGCCUGGCCCGACGUCGCGCGAGAGCCUCGACACUGCGGUGCCCGACAACCUCGAGGUGCAGGUGCCUCUCGCGGCCACCCUGUUCGAGAUCUACCACGGCUACGCGGACCAGGAGCCAGAGGUGCACGACAGGUUCAUGCGCUUGGCGUUCAAGCGCUUCGCGACCGAGGGGGCCAACGAGAUGACGCACGAACGCCUGCACGACGCCCUCAUACACAUGGGUUUUCUGACCAGCACGCGGGAGCACGCGCUGGAGCUCGCCAGGGAGCUCUCGAAUCAGAACUUCGACUACAUAGACUUCUGCGAGUACGUGAACAGGUUCGCCGCCCUCGACCGCGCCGCCGUCCGCCACCGCGCGGACGCGUGCCUGGCGGACCGCCCAGGCGCGGCGGCGCUCGAGCGGGUGCAGCAGUUUCUGCGCUCCGCUGGCGUGUGCUUCUCGUACAGCCACGUGGAGAGUGCGAGGAGAGCAGCGGGGCUGGACCACGCCAGCCCGGAGCACAUGUGUGGCGACGACCUGCUGCUGACCCUGGCCGCGUGCAGGGUGAACGAAGGCUUCACCAGGGAGGAGAUCCUGGCCGCCCACGAGAUCUUCGGGGAGCUGGAGCAAGAGCCGCUCGUCUCCUCGAGCGGCUGGGGCCCCCUGGUCAAGGUGUCCUCGUUUCUGAAGGGCCUGCUCCAGUUCACCGGCCUCUACAGCGUGGACUAUGUCAGGGAGCUGUUCGCGGACAUGCUGCCCUCUGACUGCGCGGGGCAGAGGUUACCGGUAGGGAAGCAGGGCGUCGGCUUCUACGAGUUCCUAAUCUGGGCGCGCCGGCUGCGCGACCCUAUGAUGCAGGAUUUGUGGCAGCAUUUUGCGUCCUUUGUGGAGGGCGGCGCGGUCUUUGUCCAGGUGGGCGCCGCCGUCAGCAUCGCGGAGAGGGUCGGCAUUUCUCUGCUGACAAACGCCGUGGAUGAGCUUCUCGCAGACCUUGGCUUGCAGAGCGACGCUCCCCUGGACUUCCACUCGCUGGUCCAGUUCAUAGGCGCGGCACGGAGGACGCACGGCUUCUCGCGCCGCGAGCGGCGGGAGCUCGGUGCCGCAUUCGAGAGGAUCGACCGGGACGGGACUGGCGAGCUGAAUCGCCUCCAGGUCCUCGACCUUUUCCUGUACCUCGGGAUUCACACCAGCGUCGACGAGGCGAACUCUAUGAUCAGCAGGGGAUCGGCGGACUUUAAUUUGAACGGCACCAUGGACCGCGACGAGUUCUUGAGGUUGAUGAGGUUGAUCCGCGAGCAGGAGAUCCAGAGCGCUCGCAAGUCCUUCGACGAGCUGAGCAGCUCCACUCGCCGGCUGAAUAGAGCGUCUGUUAAGGACGCCCUCUUCAAAUUGCAGGUUUUCCCAAAUGAUGAGCUGCUCGAGGAACUCUUGCAGGACAUGCCAGCAGAGCUGAGCUUCGCGUCUUUUGUGCUCCUCAGCGACGGGUGCCGCUCCCGCAUGAACUUCGAUUUCCACCGGCGCGCAGACUUUCUGGAGGACGAGAUGCUCGAGAUCGCGAAGCUCUGGCACGCAAGAGGUCAAGGCCCUCCGAGCUCUGCAGGUCGCGAAGCUCUGGAUCUUGUAAGGGCCGCGAAGCUCUGGAACUGCGGCGGCCUCUCGAGACAGUUUGCCACCGUUGCCGAGCUCAUCUGGAUGUUCUCCGACUCGCAGGAGUUCAGACUGAACACGGUGGAAGGCCGGCCCGAGCUGCUACGGCGCGUGCGUUCUGCGAAGGAGGCCGCCCUUGCGGCUGGAGUCCCGCCGGAGGAGGUGUCGCGCGGAGGCACCGACGACAUCGGCUUCUACACGUUCGUGCACUUGAUCCGGGGCUUCGUGCGGGACUCGGAGCAGAAAGUCGUCAGCCGCGAGAGGGAGGCCGAGUCCCUCGCCCGCUUCCCGAUCGCCAGGAUCGCCGAGCUCCGCGUCGUGUUCUCUGAAGUUGCCGACCAGGAGGGCAGGGCGCGGCAGCGGCGCGAGGAGCAGGAGAAGAAGCCUCGAGCGGCUCUCUCCGCUGUCAAGAAGGAAGAAGGCCACGGGGAUAGUUUGCGGACCUGGAGCUUGCUGAGGCGCACGGUCGCGGAGCCGAUGGGGGAGACCAGGGAAGGGCAGCGCGUGGACGCGCUGCUGGCGCGGCUGACGAAGGUGCCCGCCGUACCGGAGUCGGCCCUGCCGGUCCUGCUGAAGUCGGCCGGGGCGAAGGCGCCCAGCAGCAAGCUGCGGGACCUCAGCGCAUUCCUGGCGCAGACGAGGGGCCCGACAGAGGCGAUCCAGGAGACCAUCCAGUUUGCAACUUUCUUGAGGCUGCUGCGGUGGGUGCUCGACGGUGACGUCGCGGGCACCGGCAGAGCCGUAGACCUCCCGAGGGAGGGGUGA